AUGGCCGACGUGGGACCCGUGCGUGGAUGGUCCCUAUCUCCUAUGCUCCUCGUCAAGUCCCUGCGCGUCGGCGUGAACGCCAUGUUUAACACGUCUCUCGACCCCUUGAAACUCGAUCCUGUACAGGAGGGUCCACCUGAUGAGGUUGGCCUUGUGAACGAUAUCCACCCCUUCAAGGUGGCGGGUUUCGGGUACGGGAAGCGAAGAGAAAGCGGCCAAGUCGGACAGGCUGCUGGCUCCGAUGAGAAAGUCAUAUAUGAACUCCACGGAGGCGGUCUCCCUAGACCUGGCGCGCUUAUGCUUCAUUCCUCUACCGCCGACUGGGGAAACACCCAUAGCGGCUCCUGUUCAAGUACGCCGACAGCAACUUUGUGCACAACUUCCUUGCAUGAUACCCCACUUGCGCUUAAUUUGCUCGCUCCCCAUCCAUGGACCUCUCCUGCCUCUCUUCGUCUGGAUCAUCCCAAGGGUCUUUUCGUUGGUCUCUCGCCCUCUCUGAUUUUAGCAGGCGCAGCCGAAAUGUCCUUAGACUCGAUGAAGAAGACAUUGGCGGAUAGAAUGAGAGCGGAUAUGGGGACGGAUCUGGUAACUUACGUCGAGACCGCGAACGCGACACAAUGCACUGCUCGCAAAGUGGCAUGA